GUCCUUGCAAAUUUCCCCCAGGGAUGGGAGCUAGACGUGCAGCAAAUUCAGGUUCCCUGGCACCAUAGUGGUCGUCGCUGGCCCAAGUUAGAUUCCAACAGAAAUCUUCGUGCCUCAGAUUUGUUGAUCUACAGAAUGCUUCGGUACUCACAUUUUUAUAGAAUACAUAAAGAAUUUCUUCUGUGCUGGUUGGAAUCUGGCAUACUUAAUUUAGGUGUCUGGCCAAAAAAAAUACAUACCACAGCAGAAAAGUAUAAUGAAUAUGAAGACCAGCAGCAACCAGAUCAAACUGGAGCUCAGGACUUCCACAGAUCUCAGAAUAGAGAUUCUGAAGCUGUGGCUAAAUUACAUAUUCCAGUAAUGGUGGAUGAAGUUGUUCGUUGUUUGGCACCACAGAAAGGGCAGAUUUUUCUAGACAUGACAUUUGGUUCAGGAGGACACACAAGAGCCAUUCUACAAAAGGAGUCAAAAAUUGCUCUCUAUGCCUUAGACAGAGACCCAACAGCUUAUGCAAUAGCUGAACAACUUUCAGAACUUUAUCCUGAACAAAUCCAAGCUAUGCUAGGCCAGUUCAGCCAGGCAGAAGCCUUACUAAUGAAAGCUGGAGUGCAGCCAGGGACUGUCGAUGGAGUUCUUUUGGAUCUUGGGUGUUCCUCUAUGCAACUUGAUGCUCCUGAAAGAGGUUUUUCCCUUCGGAAGGAUGGCCCCUUGGACAUGAGGAUGGAUGGCGGCAGGUACCCUGACAUGCCCACUGCUGCUGAUGUUGUGAAUGCUUUAGAUCAACAGGCACUUGCAUCCAUCCUAAGAACAUAUGGGGAAGAGAAGCAUGCCAAGAAAAUAGCUUCAGCAAUUGUUCAGGCACGCAGCAUCUACCCCAUCACCAGAACCCAGCAGCUUGCCAGCAUUGUUGCAGGUGCAUUUCCUCCCUCUGCUGUUUAUGCACGAAAAGACUUGCUACAGCGAUCUACCCAUAUUGCUACCAAGACUUUCCAAGCUCUUCGCAUAUUUGUGAACAAUGAGCUUAAUGAACUCUACAUAGGACUGAAAACAGCUCAGAAGUUUCUGAGACCUGGUGGUCGCCUUGUUGCCCUCUCAUUCCAUUCACUAGAGGAUCGCAUCGUCAAACGAUUCUUGCUUGGGAUAAGCAUGACGGAAAGGUUUAACCUAAGUGCUAGACAGAAGGUGAUACAAACAUCACAGUUGGGUUUGGAUCAUGAAAACAAGGAAGGAAUCUCUAUAAGAAAAGCUCCUUUGAUGUGGGAAUUGGUACACAAGAAGGUACUUACUCCAGAAGAUCAGGAUGUACAAGAUAACCCCAGAGGGCGCUCAGCAAAGCUUAGAGCAGCUAUCAAAUUGUGAGAAAGUUACCAUCACCUGAUCCUUCACAUUUUUUCUCACAGCUUCUCUAACUUUUUUUCAUGUGAUGUUUCUUAACAAUUUAAUACAACUGAAUGUGUGGGACAGUCUGGAAAUUAAUGACAUUUGGCAUUUUGUUUUCCUCAAGAAGAAACUG